GGUAUCAUUAUUUAAGAACAUAUUCAUCAAUGCAUUUACUUUCUUUGUUAACUACUUUCAUGCAGGGACAAGACACUAAUGUCCAAUCUUAUCAGCAUACUUUUGAGCAAACUAUAUCUUGUUCAUCAUCUAAGUGAUAUUCUUGCCUUUAAUCUUAUUUUCAUGGAGAUGAACAGAGCUGAAGUUCUUCGAGAAAGCUUGAAUUCUGGUCUUCGAGUCUUCUUCGAUGAAGACCAAGAAUCAUACUUUGAUCUGAGUGUUGAGAGACUGCCAGAUUCUGAGUUUUUUGAGGUACAAAUCUCCUUCUCUUCUCCUUCUGACAUCGAUAAAGGCAAAGGAAUUCCCGCCUCAGAGGAUCAAAUAAUUAGUCCUGUGGAUCAGCAAGCAUUGUUAGAGGAUUCCAUUGAAAUCCUUGGUCAUGUGAGUUGCCUUGAUCUGAAGAUAUUGAAUGGAUGCAGAUCAUCGAAUUCCAGUUUCGAUGAUGGAUUGUUUUCCUGUAAACCAAGGUGUCCAAAGCCGAAAACCUUAAGGAAACCAUCCAAAUUAGUAUCAUUGAUCAAUAAAAGGGUUGUGAAAUUCUUCGUCAAGUUCCCUUCGAUAAAAACUGGAAACCCUUUCAUGCCAGCAUUCAGAAGUUUCACACCUAAAGUGCAGGAAAAUGAUAAUCUGAUUGAAAAGAAUGCUAGUAUAAGUUCAAGAUUCAUGUUGCCUUUGAAUAAAUGGAUGUCGUCGAAGAGGAAGGUAAAGGUGAAUGAAAGCAGCAGUAGCAGACCAAGUUUUUCACAGAACACAGGCGAUAAUUCAAGUACCAAUAGAUUUAUGAAUUUUAGGAGUUGUCCAAAUUCAAUUAUGUCAUCUCCUUCUCAUGGAUUGAAUAAAGAUAGAGGAAUUUUCGAGAGGGAUUGCGCAAUCAAUGCUGCAAUUGAUCACUGUAAAUUGUCAUUCCAUGGUGGUAAUUUCAGUGAAAGAUGAGAGAUGAGAGAUGAGUGAAUUUUUUGCACUUCUUGCAAAAUAAACAUGCAUUGCUUCUUUCAAAAUUCAGUUUUGGCAUAGACUUGAUUAGUAUGUUAAAGACUGCCAAACAAGUAUUUGU